CCUAUCUGUUUUCAAUAGAUUUCAGCAAUAACAAUCUCUCUGGUAGGAUCCCGAGCUGGAUGGGAAAUAUGUCAUGCUUGCAAGAAAUUAUCAUGUCCAAUAAUGGUCUUGAAGGUCCAAUUCCUAUUGACUUUUGUCGGGUUCAAUUUCUUCUAAUCCUAGACCUUUCAAAUAACAAUAUUUCAGGGAGUCUACCAUCUUGUUUCGGCCCAAGGCAUAUAAUUCAUGUUCAUUUAUCCAAAAACAGGCUAGAAGGAUCACUGACAACACAGUUUUGUAAGAGCUCUUCUCUAGUAACGCUAGACCUUAGUGACAACCAACUAAGUGGUAACAUCCCAGAUUGCAUCAAUAUGCUUAGUGAGUUGAGUUAUCUUAUCUUGAAGAACAAUAAUCUUGAAGGUAAGAUCCCAUGUCAACUAUGCAAGUUGCAAAAAUUGAGCUUGAUUGAUCUAUCUCAAAACCAUCUUUCAGGCCAUAUACCCUCAUGCCUAAAUCUUACUACUGAUGAGCAAUAUAAUGAGGAUAGUAAUCAGAUUAAUUCUACUCCUGUCGCUGGUACAACUUUUAUCCUACUUUUCAGGGAUACACUUUCUCUUGGUGAACCAGUGCAUUUCACAACAAAGAAUAUGGCAUAUUCUUACGAGGGAAGACUUCUCACCUACAUGUCUGGAAUAGACCUUUCUUGCAACAAACUGAUUGGCGAAAUUCCUUAUGAAAUAGGGCACCUUAGUAAGAUUCAUGUACUAAACCUGUCUCAUAAUUUCUUGGUUGGUGGAAUCCCAUCUACAUUUUCUAACCUUACGCAAAUCGAGAGCUUGGAUCUUUCCUACAACAAUUUGAGUGGGAAAAUUCCUCCCGAGCUUGUUGAGUUAAAUUUCUUAUCUACCUUUAGCCUGGCAUACAACAACUUAUCAGGUAAGACACCAGCAAGGAUUCGACAAUUUGCAACAUUUGAUGGAAGUUGUUACCAAGGUAAUCCUCUGCUUUGUGGGGAACCAAUGAAAAGUUGCUCAACAAGAAGUCCACCACCAAUGAUCCAGGAAGGUCCAACCCAGGGCAAAGAAGAUGAUGGUUUCAUCGAUAUGGGUGUCUUCUAUGUGAGUUUAAUUGUGUCUUACAUAAUGGUGCUCAUGACUAUUGCGGCAGUUCUUUACAUAAAUCCUUAUUGGAGACGGGCGUGGUUUUAUUACACUGAGAUGUGCUUCAUUUCUAGCUACUAUUUUAUAGUCGAUCAUCUAUCCAAGUCAUGAAGCAAUGCAUUCAAGAAUGUAGCCAUUUUAUAGUUGUCAUUUCUAAACUGCUCUUCUUAUUGUUUCCUGUUUGGAAUUGCAAUGAAAAGUCUUACAUGUAAGCUCUUUCAAAGUUUCAAGUAAAUUAGCAAGCAGAGUUUGGAACCUAAUUUGACAAAAGUUAUGUCCUGAGGGAGUAAUGAUUAAAGUAAUAACUAUAAGUUAUUUGU